AUGGGCAAGACUCAGAAAAAACGUGCCAUGCGCAGGCACAAUCCUGUUCGAGUACCAGACUCGCACUUGCAGCACGGUUUAGCCACAGCCGCAGCUUCAACUCCGGCAAAUAAAAAGGAAGCUCUGAUCCCAGUUAUUGAAAAGCUUUCUAGUUCGGAUGUGCAAGAGCGAAUUUGGGCAUGUGCGGCGAUUUCUAAUCUCAUUCAAAACGAUUCCUCGACAAGAAGACUCCUACAGGGCAAAAACAUCGUGGGAGCUCUAAUUGCACGGCUCAAGGACGAUUCAGAAGAGGUAAUCGUGGAGGCAGCUGGUAGCCUGAGGAUACAAGGUUCAUCUACGAGUUUGCUGAGAACACCAUCACCUUACUCUGGUGUUUAUCGUAAGCACCUGAUACCGCCGUGUCUUUUCAUGAGUACUGAACUCGGACCUAGAGAAACAUCUAGCAAGGCAUUAAAUGCCGUCAAUCAACUACACUUGAUACCAUUUCUGAUGGCAUUCUUGGAUUCACAAGCUCAUGAUAAACUCCCAGCUCAAAUGACUCUAACUGUAAGUCUAGCUCAAUGUUUGUACGUGCUGACGGAGGAAAAUUUCCCCGCCAUCGACGAACUCCGCACAAACGCAACCUAUGUCCAUUGUCUUUUGGGACUUGCUCGAGGAGAUGGAAAAUUCCGUUCAGAUUCGUCUGAAAGGUCUACUGAGGACGCGCAAAAGAUGCUGUCGGUGCGAUUACUCUCAUUAAGGACGUUGGUUUGUGGGAUACUCCGCAAUAUACUGCCACUACCAUCGCUGAUGCAGGCCUCUACCAUUGAUAUCGACCGAACUGUUAUCCUUCCAUUCCUUCUGCCAAUCUUACCGCCGAAUUUGAUGGAUCAUGUCACACAGGUACAAAGCCUACUCGUCCUGCAAGAGAAUGAAGCCAUCGGAAAGCAACAACCAAUCCUAAAGAAUGGUGCCAAGUCCGAUCAUCGAACUCACGCAGAAGUGGAAUUAGAUAGGAUAGAAUCGGAGCUGAGAGUAUUGAGGAUGGCAAUCGAGCUUGUCACUGGUAUUUGCGCCGAGCUGCCGGAACCGGAUGAUGAUGCUGAUGUGAUAUCGGACGAAGAAGACGACGAAGAAGAAGAAUGGGAAGACGAUGAAAGUGAUGUUGCAAUGGAAGAAGAUGAUGCAGCCUCAGGGGUUGCUGCUUCACCGGUAGAUGAAACAAAUCUACCCGCAGGAUCUUCUACGUCUUUUGACCUAGUGUCGUCCAUAGUUCCACCUUGUCUUGCUUACAUCCAACCAACGCCUUUCUCAUACCCACCAUCCUUUCAACCCUCGCCUCAUCCCCCGACUACCUCUGCUCUUCAAGCAAUUCACAUAGCUGCACUUGAGUGCCUGAACAAUGCCUGUCUAUCGAUCGCACAGCAGGAUCUUCAUUCGUCAAAUGCCACAAAUCAAACGUUCGCUGGCUUAAUGAAGGCAGUCUGGGACGAGGUCUGGAAAAUGCUUGCAAUUUUAGGGGUUCCAGAGGCUUCUGGACUAAGUGCGGGUCCUCGUCAAAAGCUUGAUGUCUGGAACAUAUCGCUUGGAGUUUUAUGGUCUGUAGCGCGCAUCAGGAGAGGCGACGCGGAUCUCGUUCCGGAAGAGGAAAAGGUCCGAGUACUGGUGGAGAUGUGUCGUUCAUCACAAGAGGAUGAUGUAAAAGUCAUGUGCCUCGGAAUUUUGGAGUGUCUUGCAACCAAUCCCAAUCCGUCCUUCGUAGCCGCUAACCAAGUCAUCUCUGAGUUCAUUCUUGGCUUCCUUCCCGCCCCAGGUCAAGGUCAAAACAAGCACCUAAGCUCACCUGAAGUGAUGAUACAGGCAGCAUCAGCAAUGAUAGAUAUAUUUUCAGAUGAGGAAUCGCCAUGGGACCUUAACUUCCGUCGUGGAAAAUGGGAGUUCACGUUGAAGAAUGCGAUACCCGGCAUACGAAAGGGAGUCAGGUCAAUCGACCGCCGGAAAGAAGGGGGUGCACAGCUUCGUGAUAGAGGAGACGAAGUACUCGAGAAUAUGGUGGCGUUCGUUAAGUACAGAAGGAAUUUAAAACUGUGA